AUGAAAGUUAUUCUUAUUGUUUUAAUUAUUGCUCAACUUCAUGGUGCUUUUAGCACUAGUGUUUCUCUUGAAGAACCACGGGGACUUAUAGAGUUUUGGGGUCUCGUAAGUCCAUUUGUCAUGCCAAUUGCUGAAAAGUUUGAUUCAACUAUUAGUGCACUUUCAAAUAUUCAUUCUACUGUUACAAAUGCAGUUUCAAAUGCUAUUUAUGGUGUAACAUCAUGGAUUGGUGAUCUAAUUCCACCACUUCGUAAACGUGAUUUAGAAAAUGAUGCUCGAGUAAAUCUUUUAACUGAACUUAAAUCAUUUAAACUUGUUUUUCAACAAUCAGUUCUUGAAACUCUUCAAAGUUUUCUUAACGGUAAUGUAGCAACUCAAUUACAACAAUCAAUUUCAAAAUUAAGUACUUUUCUUAAAACACAUUUACAAACUAUGAAAAAUAUGAUAACUAAUUUAAUUCCUACAAUGCAAAAUACAAUAGCAACUCAAGCUGUAACAAGUGUCUUAAAUGUUAUACAAGUUAUUGAAGAAGCUAUUCGAAAAAUUCAUGCUCUUUUUUCUUCGUAA